GUUCCACCAGACUCGCCCAAGCAAGGACGGUUAAGUGUCGUUUGGUCGGUGGCAAAGGCACUAGCUAUCAAUCACUAUCAUGAAAUCGUUCGGUCAAGAAUCGCGAAAAAAUCACUAUCGUUUAACAAUCUUUAGUGAAUAUAAUCCAUUUAACUAUCAAAUAGACUCCAAGUGUCCAAUGUGAUUUACGGGACCUAUAUAUAUAUGUCUUUCUAUUUAUCGUAUGAUGAACCUGUUGAUAAAUAAAAUUGGCAUAAUUUGGCUAAUAUUAAUUAUUUUUGGAAUUCAACAAAAUGAAGCAAAUGAAUUUUUAUCAAUCACCAAUAAAUCAAAAUCACCCGGAUAUAUGAUUGCAAAUGAAAAUAAUAAUAAUAAUAAUAAUAAUAAUGGAAAAAUUCUAAAAAAUCCCACAAUAGCCUCGGGGAAUUAUCGAAAUAAUUAUAGAUAUAAGAUUACUCCGAAUUCUGAGCACUUAUUGAACAAGAAGGCACGUAAUAAUAAUUAUAAUGAUUAUCGUUCACCAAGUGAAGCGAUAUCGACUUUAUAUUAUAAUUAUUACGUGAACGAUAAAAGUUACAAAACACAUAAAGAUUGGAGGAAUAAAGAAAAGCAUGCGCCUCAAUUACAUGAUUUCCGUGAACUUGACGACUUGAAAGUAAAAUCAAGAAAAACAGUAAACAAUUCUUUGUCUAUGAAUCGAAAUAGUUCUUCCGAGUAUGGUUCAUUGAACGUGGACAAAAUUUCAUCGGGAAAUAAUUCACAGGAAGAAAUUAGACGUGUGGCUAGACAAACUCGAAAACAAAGACCUGGAAUUUUAUGGACCUUGUUUAGAGUUGCCUUUGAGUCUGUCAAUGAAACUCGAUCAGCUAUUGGUCAAAUAUCAGAUAUUCUCAGCAAUGCCGUUCAACCAGAUCCAACAACGAAGAGACCAGGAUCUGGUAUGAUUGUUUUAACAACAACAGAAAAAAGUUUGACAAAUGAUACAAAUGUUACAACUACCGAAGCACCUUUUGUACUAACACAAUCAUUAUUACAAGGAAUUAUUCGACGAAAUGUUAAGGGUCUUGUUAGACUUUUUAAUAUCGAAUGGAAAGAUGCAUUAAAUCAAUCAAAAGUGACAAUAAAUGAAUUUCGACACGAUCUUGGAAAUCAAAUUGGCAUGAAUCUUAAAGAUAAUCCCGAUGCCUUUUAAAGUAAAAAAAAUUUCGAAAAAGAAAGAUGGGGGAAUUUUUAUAUUUCUCUGCAAAAAGAAAUCAAAGUGUGUGUUGCCAUAUUAACAGCCAAGUCAGUAGAUUUUUUUUUAUUAAAUUUCUUUUUUUUUAUGAAGAUGGCCAAAGAACGUGUAAGUUUAUUUUUUAAAUAAGAAAAUUUAGAUUGAUUAUAUUUUUUAUUAGAAAUAAAAAUAGAACAUAUACUUCCUUAUGUUAAUGAGAAAAAAAAAAUUGGAAUUAAUUAUUGUUGGAAAAAAAAAAAUUCAAUCUAAUUUUUCUUUACGUAUACAGAAUUUGAUAUUUAUAAAUUAUGUGUAUAUUUAUUAAGUUAUUCUUUUCCGUAAUUACACAAUAGAUUGCAAUUUAACUUAUAACAAAUUACUUAGUGCUCAAAAUAGCAGAAAAUGAUCGAUGCGUUUUACUGUAUUUAUAAUGUACAUAUAAAUAAUGGACUAGAAAUAUUAGAAAUCUAGAUUGCUUAUUGUUUUAUACGCAGAUUUUAUAGAGAAUUUUUUUUUAAGAAUAAAUCAUUUGAUUCUUU